GCGGGAAGCUAGGGAGCUGGGGCCGGGUGGGGCGCGCGGCUCGAGGAGAAGAAUGGCGAGCCGAGGGGCGGGGAGCGCGGGCGGGGGAGGGGCGGCCGGGAAGGGGGAGGGGAGCGAAGAGAGCCGCGGAGAGGUGGGGGCGAGCCCAGAGGAGCCCCCGGGGUGGGAGGGCCGGGAAUUGUGGGGGAAGGGAGCGGUGUAGAGACGGAAGGCGGAGGGAAGGAAGGGAGUGAGCGGGGCGGAGCGAGAGAAGGGCGGAAAGGGUGGCCGAGCGCGGGCGGAGGACGGAGAAGGGGGCGGCGCGGGCCGGAACCUCGAGCUUAUUUUCAGUUGCUUUUUAAAGACGGAAAGCUCAUGGUGCAAAUUGUUAUUUCCAGUGCCGGGGCUGGAGGCCUGGCAGAAUGGGUGCUGAUGGAGCUACAGGGGGAGAUCGAGGCUCGCUACAGCACUGGAUUAGCUGGAAACCUCCUGGGAGACCUACAUUACACCACUGAGGGAAUCCCUGUGCUGAUCGUGGGGCAUCAUAUCCUGUAUGGAAAAAUCAUCCACCUGGAGAAACCUUUUGCCGUCCUUGUCAAACACACUCCUGGGGAGCAGGACUGUGAUGAGCUUGGCUGCAAGACUGGCACCCGGUACCUGGUGACAGCACUCAUCAAAAACAAGAUCCUUUUCAAAACUCGCCCCAAGCCCAUUAUCACCAACGUCCCCAAGAAAGUAUGA